CAUCCCCACAGCCUCGGAGGGAUUGAUUCGCAGGGAAACUCCGUUGACCAAUCAGAUCCCUGAACUCUUUUUUUCUUCAUCCGAACCUUACCCCCAACACUAACCCGGAGGGAUAAAUUUACAGUGCUGGGAAAAUCCUUCUGCUUCUCAACGGUUGAAAGAGUUCCGGGGAAAUAGUAGAGAUCCUGCCCGACAGGAUAAGGAGUAAAAAUAAAUCCACAGCCGGGUUUCCCAGCUGAGAAUGAUUGGUUAUAGAUGUCACGCGACCACAAUUGGUGUAAGCUCCGUGAGACGGGGGAGCCCUGCUCGCGAGUACUCGAGUAUUUCAUUUAAGACUCUCUGAGCUUGGUUGUGCCUCAUGAAGAGCAAGUCCACUGCAGAGCUCGACGCCCAAAAUUGACCUCUUAGCCGCGGCUGUGGAUGUGAGAUGCAGUGUUGCUCUGUGGCUGAUAAUCACCCCAAUUUCUUCCUCACUCUAGCCAGAGGUUGCCCAAUCAGCUUGUCGUAGAGUACGCCGAUCCACCUUCAUCACCUCCGAGUGCCUUUAGGGAGCGGCAAUGUUCCUGCCCCGAAUUUACCAGCGGGAGCAGCGUACCGGUGCUUUAAAUCUGGGAGCUUUCCGGCAUCAUUUAGUCCCUCAACUGAGGCUGGCCCAUCCAGCGUUCCUCGCGACAUAUUUUUCCAGGAAAGGGAGCUAUGGGGCGCCACCGCGUUUUACCCUCAUGGCGUGUUGCGGGCAUUGCACGGCUUUCCCGGAUAGGCUUUGUCUAUCUCUAUCGUGCGGUUCCAGGCAGGACUAUGGGCUUACUGUAUCAAUGCCCUCGAUUUUCGUGGGAUUGCAGGUGGAGGGAUGUAUGACUGCUACUUAUACAGUAGUCCGCCCCCCGUCCUCACGCCAUCCCCCCCUUUCCUCGCUACGACCCACAUACAUAGUCUACACCUCUGUCCCUCUGCUACUAUCUUCACAACGCUCCCAUUCUGUAGACGUGCAACAACUGAAUUUUCAAAAAAAACAAUGCCAAUGUCCUUCAUCACAGUUUCCCGUGUUGACGGUUCCAAAGCCCAAGAGACUCUUACCUCCUCUUGCAUCGGUAAGUCUAUCAGGACUCUUGCAAAGCCUCGAUGCUGACUUGGAAUGCCACAGAUCUCAUUAGCUCUGCUCUUGGUGGCCGGGUCCUCGAGUUUAGUGACGAAUGGUUCGCUGCUGCCGAGAACUUGAUCAACCCGGCCCCUCCAAUCCACAAGCCCGGUGUGUUUGUACCUGCCGGUGCUUGGUACGACGGGUUUGUUCCCCUCCCUCUUGGAGUUUCUAUAAUCCUAACGUGCUGUCAAUCCAAGAUGGGAGACGAGAAGGCACAACAAGGCCCCUGCCGAUUGGGUCGUCAUUAAAGUAGGUACCUGUAUGGAGAAAGUUUCAUGAGAGAGGAAUAUUAUUAACCGUCAAUAGCUCGGAGUUUCCAGCGGCAAAGUCCACGGUUUCGAGGUCGACACAGCUUUCUUCAAUGGAAACCACGCUCCGGCUGUCACCGUUGAGGGUGCCUUCCUUCACUGCGGCUACCCAGAUGCUACUACGGUGGUGAGUGAACUACCCCACUAAAUCAGUUCAAUCUAACACCCAACUCCUUAUAGUGGGAAGAGAUUCUCCCAAUGCAGAAAUGUGGCCCUUCCCAGAGACACAUCUGGAAGCUUAGCUCUCCCACCACCAAAGCCUAUUCUCACGUCCGCCUCAAUAUGUUCCCAGAUGGAGGUAUGCUCUUGAUAGACCCCGCCACGAUAAACCCGGAAGUACUAACACGCUGUUAGGAAUUGCUCGCUUCCGCUUGUUUGGAACCGCGGUUCCCGUCUUCCCCGACAAUCCGGACACGAUCAUUGACCUUGCUCAUGUCUCAUCAGGCGGUCUCGCAAUCUCCUGUAGCGGCCAACACUUUGGAACAAAAAAAGACAAUCUGCUGCUUCCCGGAAGAGGUAAGGAUGCGGGAAACGGUUGGGAAACCAAGCGUAGCCGUGAGCCAGGCCACGUUGACUGGGUUGUUGUCAAACUCGUAUGUCUUUCCCUUACGUCAGCACAAACCCCUUGGUUAUGCUAAUAGGUUUGCGCCGCAAAGGGAGCUCCAGGAUACAUUGAAGAGGUUGUAGUUGAUACCCUCCACUUCCGUGGAAACUACCCUCAAGCUGUUGAAAUCUACGCCAUCAAUUCCUCCGAGCAACAUGUUACUAGCGAUGCCAAUGGGUGGGAACUUAUUGUUCCCAAACACCCUUGUGAGGCUGAUAAGGAACAUACAUUCCCGUCCGCCCUCCUUCAAAACGUUCAUGGAAAAGUGGCCACUCAUGUUAAGAUGGUCAUCAUUCCUGAUGGAGGAGUAAAGCGCUUGAGAGUCUUUGGGAAGCGUGCUGCGCUUGCCGGUAACUGA